AAAGGGAAUUUUGCUGUGGAGUUUGGGCAAGUAAUAGUUUUUUUAUACAGUGGCAGCGGGGAAUUGGCCUUUCAAAAGUAGGCUUAGACAAAAAUCUGAAUUACAACAAACAAUGAGCGAAGCUCCAAAGCUCUACACCAAUAAACCCAAGAAGGCGACAGUUCGAUUGAAGCAAUUUCAGGAACAGCACAAAGGAAAGGAUUUCACCCCCCCAUCAUCAUCAACACCAUCAUCCUCAUCAUCUGCAUCGGCUGCUGCGGCGUCGUACGCAAUGGGAUCGCAGUCUGCUCCUCCGCCACCACCUCAGCCCCCGAAAGAGUCCUUUGCUCGCCGUUACAAGUUUCUCUGGCCUCUUCUCUUGACUGUUAAUCUUGCUGUUGGAGCUUACCUAUUCAUGAGAACUAGAAAAAAUGAUGGAAGCACAGUAGAGGAAGAUAGUGUUCCUGCAGCCACGACUUCAACUGAUAUAAGCAAUCCAGUCACUGAGAAGCCUUCGCCACCAUCAUCAAGUUUAAAGCCUGUGAAGUUGCACAAACCUAUUCCAGAGAACCAACAACGAGAACUUUUCAAGUGGAUGUUGGAAGAGAAAAGGAAGGUGAAACCAAAAAACUCUGAAGAGAAGAAGCGCAUUGAUGAAGAGAAAGCCAUUCUCAAACAAUUCAUUCGAGCCGAAGUCAUCCCUACUUUCUAGUUGAAAAGACUUUGGACUAAACUGGCACUACCUGAAAUGAAUUUGCUUAGUUGUGCUGAUGUUUGGACUUAUCUGUUGCUGAUACUGGAUUUAACUUAUGUGAAUAGGCCUGGCUUUUCAAUGAAAUUUCAUAAGAUGAUGCCACAUUUA